CACAGACGUGAUGUGAUGUGAAUUAUAAUAAUGUGCAGAUUUAUAUAGUUAUGAAUGGCUUUUGGCAAGACAAGUGGAAGGAACAUGAUUGUGUCAGUGACCGGACAUAAUAAUCGCAGUGAUGCUGUCAAGUGUCUCUAACAAAAUUCAAAUUUUGAAUGCCACCUCGAGUGGCCACCAAUGCAGCAUCAACCCACCUCCUUGGGCCACGAACUCACCUCUGACAAUGAAAGCUUAUUGAACCAUCAUUCCUGAGUAAGACUGGAGACCGCUGCCCAGACACAAUGGUCAUAAAGAAAAUCUGCUGCAUUGGCGCCGGCUAUGUGGGUGGCCCAACCUGUUCGGUGAUGGCCCUCAAGUGCCCUGACAUUGAAAUCACCGUGGUUGACCUCAGCAAGGAACGCAUUUCCCAGUGGAAUUCAAACGACAAGCUACCGAUAUACGAGCCGGGCUUGAUGGAAAUAGUGCAGAAGUGCCGAGGACGUAAUCUCUUCUUCUCAAAUGAUAUUGUCUCGGCAAUCAAGAAGGCAGACCUCAUUUUUAUAUCUGUCAACACUCCAACCAAAACUUUCGGCUUAGGGAAAGGCCGAGCUGCCGACUUGAAAUACGUUGAAGGUGCCGCCCGUAUGAUAGCGGAAAACGCUGAAGGCAGCAAGAUAGUUGUCGAAAAAAGCACGGUGCCUGUCAAAGCGGCCGAAUCUAUCAUGAGUAUACUGAAGGCCAAUAACAAACCAAACAGCUCAUACAGGAUUCUGUCCAACCCUGAAUUUUUGGCCGAAGGAACUGCUGUCGAAGAUCUGAUCAACGCUGACCGGGUGCUCAUUGGUGGCGAAGAGUCUGCCGAGGGCCAGGAUGCGAUUCGCGAGCUGUCGUGGGUCUACGAGCACUGGAUCCCGAGUUCAAAGAUUGUGACCAUGAAUACUUGGUCGUCGGAACUCUCGAAACUUGCUGCAAAUGCCUUCCUUGCCCAGCGGAUCUCGAGCAUCAAUGCCCUCUCUGCUGUAUGCGAGUCGACUGGUGCUGACGUGUCGGAGGUUGCACGGGCCAUCGGACUUGACAGCAGGAUCGGUCCAAAAUUCUUACAAGCCUCUGUUGGUUUUGGUGGCAGCUGUUUCCAAAAGGACAUCCUUAAUCUGGUGUACAUCUGUGAAUGCCUUAAUUUGCCUCAUGUAGCUGCCUAUUGGCAACAGGUGAUAGAUAUGAAUGAGUAUCAAAAAACAAGAUUUGCCGAAAAAGUGAUUGCUUCCUUGUUCAACACUGUGACAGGCAAGCAGAUAGCGCUGCUUGGAUUUGCAUUUAAAAAGAACACGGGCGAUACUCGUGAGUCGCCUGCAAUUCACGUUGCAACUCAUUUGCUAGCUGAAGGUGCCCACCUUCACAUAUACGAUCCCAAAGUGGAGCACUCGCAGAUAAUUGACGAAUUGAACAGCUCAACCCUGGAUCCUGACAAGAUCAAGAGGAAUGUAAUCAUUCACACAGACGCCUAUUCUGCUAUCAAGAAUACUCAUGCAUUAGUUAUUUGCACGGAAUGGGAUGAGUUUGUUUCUCUGGAUUACGAAAAGAUACAUUCGGACAUGAUGAAACCUGCAUACAUUUUUGACGGGAGAAAAAUUCUGGAUCACGAUUAUCUACAGAAACUGGGCUUCCAGGUGCAAACUAUUGGCAAGAGACUUAACCGAGACCUCGGCAGGUCAUGGGGCAGCCAGAAUCACCAAUCUUAGCAGGAGGGGUGGUUUUUUGGUUGAAUUUUACUGCGGCACUCAAAUUUUAUAUUCUUUUUCUGGACUUUAUCACCAGUAUUCAGUUUAUGCAUUUUUAAUAAAUUUUAUAUUCAAAUUUUUAUGAAAAAA